CUCUUUUUUGCUAAUAAACAAGGGAAAUUCAAUAGUUAUGAAAUGUGCUCGAUCUGCUUCCAGCCUCUCACCAGUGCUCAUAGUUCGAACAACUUCCACGACCGAUUCGCGGCCGCGCGCGGAUUUGGAGAAUCAAUUAGUGCCGCGCACGCAGCAACACGGCGCACUUGAGCUAAUCAUCAUCGCCGCACGCACGAUCACCACUUCACCACUCUUCCUCACGCGCGCUGGACGACGGCCACAAAGCCAUGUCCUGAGAGAAGAGAUCGCCUUGCCGCGCAACCCCGUGCCGUAGAGAACAUGGGGGCACGUGCGCUCUGUCUCCUCCUCGCCAUCGUUGUCGCCGCCAGCAGCUUCUUCUCUCCCUCCGUCGCCACCACCGACACCAUCGACCUCACCACGUCCAUCACCGGCAACCAGACGCUCGUCUCGGACGGCGGGGUCUUCACCCUAGGCUUCUUCAGCCCGCCCGGCGGCAGAACGUACCUGGGCAUCUGGUACACCAGCAUCCCGGGCCAGACCGUGGUGUGGGUCGCCAACCGCAACGCCCCGCUCGUCAGCGUCCCCGGCGUCCUAAAGCUCGCCCCCGGCGGCCGCCUCGUCAUCGUCGACCGCCGCAACUCCACCGUGUGGUCUUCCCCCGCGCCCACCACCAAGAACCAGAUAAUCACCACGCGCGCCUCCGCCAAGCUCCGCGACGACGGCAACUUCCUCCUCAGCGCCGACGGCAGCGGCACGCCCCAGAGCGCGGCGUGGCAGAGCUUCGACUACCCGACCGACACCCUCCUCCCGGGCAUGAAGCUCGGGAUGGACUUCAAGCGGCGCCUCAGCUGGAACAUCACGUCCUGGCGCAGCGCCACGGACCCCUCGCCGGGGCCCUUCACCUUCAAGCUCGUCCCCGGCGGGCUCCCCGAGUUCUUCCUCUUCAAUGGCCCCAAGAUGAUCUACGCGAGCGGGCCGUUCAACGGGGCCGGCCUCACCGGCGUGCCCAACCUCAGCUCCGAGGACUUCGUCUUCACGGUCGUGGCCACCGCCGACGAGACCUACUACAGCUACGCCGUCACCGACGCCAAGCUGCUGUCGCGGUUCGUCGUCAACGGCGACGCGCAGCGGCUGCAGCGGUACGUCUGGUCGCCCGACGCCGGGACCUGGAGCAGCUUCUGGUACUACCCAACCGACCCCUGCGACAACUACGCCAUGUGCGGGCCCUUCGGAUACUGCGACACCACCGCCAGCCCGCUCUGCAGCUGCCUGCCGGGGUUCGAGCCGCGCUCGGAGAAGCAGUGGGGGCUAAGGGACACCACCGCCGGCUGUGUCAGGACCACCAACCUCACCACCUGCCCCGGCACCGGCGACGGGUUCUGGCCGAUGAACCGGAUGAAGCUGCCGCAGGCGACCAACGCGACGGUGUACCCGGGAAUGGACCUGGACCAGUGCCGGCAGCUGUGCCUGCGGAACUGCAGCUGCACGGCCUACUCCGCCGCGAACGUGAGCGGCGGCGUCAGCCGCGGGUGCGUCAUCUGGGCCGUCGAUCUGCUUGACAUGAGGCAGUAUCCGGAGGUUGUGCAGGACGUGUACAUCCGGCUACCGCAGUCUGAGGUGGAUGCCUUGACCGCCGCUGCCGCCGCAGCCGCCCACCGACGUCCAAGCAGAAAAGUGCUGAUCGCCGGUGUCGCCGCUGCUGCCGGCGUGCUUCUUCUGUUGGCGAUUGUCUGCUGCUGUUGUUGGAGAAACAGGGCAUUGAAGAAGCUUCAGACUAAAACGGCACCAACCAGCCGAAACGACGACGUGCUUCCGCUCAGGGCCAGGAAACCGCCACUGGGCCCAUCUAGGAAUCAACGGCUGGAAGAGGACCAGAUGGGGAACGACAAAGAUCUUGAUCUACCGUUCUUGGACCUUGAUGUGAUUCUGGACGCAACAGACAACUUCUCUGCGGACUGUAAGAUAGGGCAAGGUGGAUUUGGCUCCGUUUAUAUGGCAAAUCUUGGGGAAGGACAAGAAGUAGCGAUAAAGAGGCUGUCGAAGAAAUCUGUACAAGGGAUUGGGGAAUUCAAGAACGAGGUGAAACUGAUAGCAAAGCUUCAGCAUAGGAACCUCGUGAGGCUGGUAGGCUGCUGCAUCGACGGCGACGAAAGAAUGCUUGUCUACGAGUUUAUGCACAACAACAGCCUAGACACAUUCAUAUUCGAUGAAGAAAAGCGCAAGUUACUAGAAUGGAAGAACCGUUUCGAGAUCAUUCUCGGGAUUGCACGGGGUCUGCUGUAUCUCCACGAGGAUUCACGGGUCAGGAUCAUCCAUAGGGAUAUGAAAGCAAGCAAUGUGCUACUGGACAAAAAUAUGAUCCCCAAAAUCUCCGACUUCGGUAUCGCGAGAAUGUUUGGAGGUGAUCAGACAACUCAGCAUACCAUGAAGGUCAUCGGGACAUAUGGCUACAUGUCUCCGGAAUAUGCAAUGGAUGGCGUGUUCUCUAUGAAAUCUGAUAUCUACAGCUUCGGUGUACUGGUGAUAGAGAUCAUCACUGGCAAGAGGAAUCGCGGCUUUUACGAUGAUGAGCUUGAUCUCAACCUCCUUGGUUAUGCAUGGACUCUGUGGAAAGAAGGUCGGGGUGUCGAUUUAGUGGACGAAGCAAUGGGCGGCACCUUUGACUACAACGUGGUGCUCAGGUGCAUACAGGUUGCUCUCCUAUGUGUUCAAGUGCACCCUCGGAGCAGGCCACUGAUGUCUUCAGUUGUUAUGAUGCUGAGCAGUGAGAAUGCAACGAUGCCAGAGCCAAAUGAGCCUGGUGUAAACAUUGGGAAGAGCUCGUCAGACACGGAUUCAUCUCUAACCAACACUGGAACUAAUUUCACAGGAACUGCAAUAGAUGCAAGGUAGUUUUAGGGUUGUAAUUGUUUUAACUUUGUUGAUCUAGUGGAAUAGUUUGUACAGCAGAGGCAUAUAUUUUUGAACUUCAGGUGACUAUUAUUGAAUCAUAACAUGGUCAUCUACAAGUACAUGAAUAAGAAAUAAGGGAGGAUCAUCAACAAGAA